UGUUAUUAGCUAGUUUUAGAAAAUACACUUUUCCCAAAAGGUCUCCACAAUUUUGGCCACUAAUGUAGACUUAAAUAAUUGUCAAUAAACAGGCUUUCUCUAGCUCAAGGGGCACGGGGAAAAAAUAAUAAUAGAAAAACAGAUUAUUGGUGCAUAAAUUUUAAGUCAACAAACUUUCAUGUGUUGCAAAUCUUUGAUAAUAGGCAAUGAUUUAUACCUGGGGUGUCCAACCUUAGCAACUUUAAGACCUGUUCCCUGGCUGGGGAAUUCUGGGAAUUGAAGUCCAGAGGUCUUAAGGUUGCCAUGAUUGGACACUCUUGAUUUAUAGGGUAGUUUUAUUGUCCCACAGAAUGUUUUGACAUCUCCCUGAGUCUUCCUGUGUCUGCAUCCUGAAACAAAUUGUUUAGGUUUUGUGAAAAAUGCAUUUUUAGGGAGAUAGUAAUAUUUCCUAGAUGGGCAGGGAUUGACUGCAACUUGGCUCAUCGGCUUCCAACAAUUCGGGGUCAAACAAGCCUGUGCAAGAUCCUGCCUGCAUUCUGGUUUAUUUCGCCUUUAGCAACGCAGCUCUGAUUCCGUCAAAUCUCAUUUGCAAGGAAGGAAAAAAGAACUUUGGAGUCCAUGGUUUCUUUCUGGUACUUAAAUUUACCUUUCUGGAAUCUUCUUCUUUCCCAAACGACGUGCACAGCAAAUGGAGCCAGCCCCAUGCGAGCGUUUGUCAAAUCCCAGGAGAAACUUUCCUACGACCGAGGGGCUUUGGAGAAGGCGCAUCGGGAAGUGAGCCGAGGAGCCCGGCGAUCCUUGUGGUUGGAAUUCCAUGCAUUUCAAAGGAUCUUUAGGCUGCAUCUCUGGAAGGACACGAGGGUCUUCGCUAAGGACGUUGUGCUUGUGAUGAACGAGACCUCCGAACCCGCAGAUGUCUCCUCCGUUUAUUCAGGCACCCUACAAGGAGACGCAGCUUCUUUCUGCCACGGGUCCAUCAUCCACGGCGUCUUUGAGGGAUUCAUCCAGACCCAGAAUGGCACCUAUUACAUGGAAUCUGCUGCUGUGGUCAAAGAGCCUCCGGAGGCCCAUUCCUUCAUCCAUCACCAGAGGGACUUAGAUUAUAAUCUUCUGCACGACUCCAAAUCAGCAUCGCUGGCUCAGAAACUGCACCGACGACUGCAAGAUUUCCAACGGCAGCUGACAGCAAAGGCAAACCACACUCAUCGGCCCAGGAGGAGCUUGAAUUAUUCGAAGACUUCCUGCCUGCUUCACCUUCAAGCCGAUCACCUGUUCUACCAAAGGUUUGGCUCUGUGGAAGCCGUGAUCGCCCAGAUUGCCAACUACAUAAAAGCUGUAAACACCAUUUAUGAAGCCGCUGAAUUUGGCCGGAUCAGGACCAUCGAGUUCAAAGUUAAGACGAUCACAAUCGUCCAAGAAGAGGACCCUUCACAGACCCCCUUUCUCAGUCCGGAGAUGUUGCUUAUGCUGCACUCAAAAACCAAUUGGGACGGUUACUGCUUAUCUUACCUGUUGACCGACCGGGAUUACAGUGGCGUCCUUGGCAUUGCUUUCAAUGGGCAACCAGACGACGUCGGAGGGAUUUGCUCAAAAUAUCAGCAUUUCCAGGAAAAAGAAGCCUCUCUAAACACGGGGUUGAUCACGCUGCAGAAGUACGGCCAGCUGCUCCCUCCACGGAUGAUCCACGUCACCCUGGCGCAUGAAUUUGGCCACAGCCUGGGUGCACCCCACGAUCAGAGCAAAGAAUGUUCCCGUUUUGACCUCAACACCAGCCGGGGGAAAUUCCUGAUGUUCAAUUACGCCACAGACGGGACCGAAUUCAAUAACGAUAAAUUCUCUCCGUGUAGCAUCGCCUAUAUUUCAAAUAUUCUGGAGCGCAAGAAGGAUCGUUGUUUCGCAGAAACCGACCGUCCCAUCUGCGGGAACCAGAUUGUGGAUCCGGAAGAAGAAUGCGACGUUGGGAGCGACAAUGAGGACGCCUGCUGCUACAGUGCUGGGGAGCCGAGGGGAAUCCAGUGCCGGUUGAAACCAGGAGCAGCGUGCAGCCCCAGUCAAGGAUUCUGUUGUAACCAGAAUUGUGUCCUUAAACCUCCGGGACAAAGGUGCCAGGAUGAGAAUGACUGUGCUUUGGAAAGCCUUUGCACGGGAGCGAGCUCCACGUGUCCAGAGCCCCUACCGAAAGCCAACUUCACCCCCUGCGGCCUCGGCCUCCGCCUGUGUUUGAACGGGCUCUGCGAAGGGUCCCUCUGCCUCCAGCAUGGGCUGCAGGAAUGCCAGUGUGCCUCUAGUCCUCUGCGAGGAAGAUGCCAGCUCUGUUGCCAGCUACCAGGACAAGCUGAAACCUGUGCCAGCACCUCCUCGAAAUUUUGGGACCAUGUUUUCAACGGUUCGGAUAUCCCGCUCCUCCCGGGCUCGCCGUGUGGCGAGAAGAACGGCUACUGUGACAAAUUCCACGUCUGCCGUUUCGUAGACGAGGACGGUCCCAUCGCCAGGGUGAAAAACUUCAUCUUGGACUUCAUCGAAAUGGAGGACCUGGCCACCUGGAUGAAGAAACAUUGGUGUGCGAUCCUUCUGGUGGUUUUAACCUUAGCAGCCAUGAUGGCUGGCACCAUCUUCCUCUUUGGAAGGACACUCAGCAGUCAAUCAGAUGAACAAUUCACCAGGAUCUCUCACAAGGCAGGAUCUGUUGAACUCCAGAGGAAGAAACAACACAAUUCCCUUCGCUGGGAAAAGGAGAUGUAUAUCAAAAUGCAUCAGAAGAGGCGGCUACCCUCUGGCCCUGUGGACCUUUCCUAAGCUUUGGGCAAGGGGCAUCUGCCAACACACACUUGCCGUUUGUGGCAUGCAGAAACAAAAAUCAACUAUGAAGAUUUUCUUACUGAUAACGAUCCCGCUAACUUUCCUUUUUUACCUCCCUUUCCUUUUUUUUUUUUUUUGCUUCUUUCUCUUUUUUAAAAAAUGAUUGAUUAAAAAAAUAAUUAUUUUAAAGAACUGCUUUGGAUGCCUGCUUGUCUCAGGAUUGCUGAGUUG